AACCAAACCAAAACCAAAAGCGAAACACAGAGGACAACACAAAGCACGGCCGGGGGGCGGCGCACCGCGCACGACGGCGACGAGACGCGUGGCGGAGCAACAAAACCAGCCCCCGCAUUGCCCCGAGGCGGCGCCGCCCGAGCUCGAAUCCGCCCAAUCUCGCCGGCGGCGGCCUCGAUCUGAGCCGAGGCCGCCGUGCGCCGGCCCGGGCGGCGAGGAAUGGGGAGCGUGGACGGAGAUUUCGAGGGGCUCCAGGCAGCGGAUCGGCGUGCGGAAGUGAUUGAAUGGCUCAAUGCGUUACUCCCGGAGUACUGUUUGCCACUGGACUCAUCGGAUGACGAGUUGCGGGAGCUGCUCAGUGAUGGCACGGUCUUGUGCCAUAUCGUGAACGCACUCAUUCCUGGUGUUCUCGAGGAGUCGUGGGGUGCUUAUGCAUCGUCAGAUCAACAUGCAGGCCAUGUGAAGAAGUUCCUCGCAGUGGUUGCUGAUAUGGGGUUGCCAGGCUUCAGUGUUAAAGAUCUUGAGGAGGGUUCAAUGUCUGGGGUAGUGGACUGCCUCUUGGUUCUGAGGGAAAGUGUGAGUUCUGGAUUACGUGAUGGUACUUCCAAGGCUCCUUUGAGGAAAAAAUGGCGAGUUCCAGAAACUGGUGAACCUCUUGUCCCUGGUGUGGCACAAGGGAAGACAUCCCCUGGAGAGGACAAGAGGAAUGGCCUUCCAGACCCUAAGUCUCAGCAGAAAACUCCCAUCUUUAAUGGACGAAAGCUUCGUGAGAUUUUCCAAUUAAAACGUGGAUCCUAUGCUGAUCUUCCGGCUGCCAAGAUUUCAGAAAUGAUGCAUUCUAACAGUUUAGAUAAUGCACCAACCCAAUCCCUUCUUAGCGUCGUUAAUGGCAUUUUGGACGAAAGCAUUGAAAGGAAAAAGGGAGAAAUACCACAUCGUGUAGUGUACCUACUGAGGAAAGUAGUUCAAGAAAUUGAGCGUCGUCUUUGUAUUCAAGCAGAGCACAUAAGAAGUCAAAAUGUGAUCAUUAAGACAAGGGAAGAUAAAUACCAUUCAAAAAUCAAAGCACUUGAAAUAUUAGUAAAUGGGACAAAUGAAGAAAACCAGAUGGCUAUAAACCGGCUUCAGAUAAUUAAGGAAGAGAAGUCAAAAAUAGAAGAGAAAAGGAAACUUGGUGAGCAAGAUGUUGCUCGGCUAAUGAAAGAAAAAGAAAUUUCUGAAAACACAAUAGCUAGUCUUAAGAAAGAGAUGGAAGUCAUGACUAGCAUGCAUGAGCAACAACUUCAGAAAAUCGAACUGACCGCAAAGCAAAUGGAAGAACAUUUAACUACCAAAAUUAAGGAGGUUGAGUCUCUUUUAGUGCAAUCAAACAAGAAAAUUGAAGAAGUUGAGGCUGCUUCCCUGUUAAAAUCACAGUUGUGGAAUAAGAAGGAGGGCAUUUUUCAGAAAUACAUGAAUAGUCAACAACUAUAUGUCAAGGGUUUAAGGAUAUCAUCAUGGUCUAUAAAAAAUGAGAUGCAUGCCCUUGAAAUGGAGUUGAGAGAUGAGAUGUCCAAUUUUGGCUCUGGUUUAAAGUGUUUGGUUGAUGCUGCUGAAAACUACCACAAAGUUCUUGCUGAAAAUCAAAAGUUGUUCAAUGAAGUGCAAGAACUAAAAGGUAAUAUAAGGGUGUAUUGUCGUGUAAGACCAUUUCUUCCUGGUCAAGAUAAAAAAUCAACCACUGUUGAUUACAUUGGUGAAAAUGGUGAGCUUUUGAUCUCAAAUCCAUUUAAACAAGGAAAGGAUGGACAUCGGAUGUUCAAGUUUAACAAGGUUUUUAGUCCAUUUUCUUCUCAAGCUGAGGUUUUCUCGGACAUUCAACCGCUGAUUCGAUCAGUUCUUGAUGGAUUCAAUGUUUGUAUUUUUGCUUAUGGUCAAACUGGUUCAGGAAAAACUUACACAAUGAGUGGACCCAGCACAUCAAAACAAGAUUGGGGUGUCAAUUACAGGGCUUUAAAUGAUUUAUUUGAUAUCUCACUAAGUAGGAGAAAUGCUUUCUCUUAUGAGGUGGGAGUUCAGAUGGUUGAGAUAUACAAUGAACAAGUGCGGGAUCUUCUGUCAAAUGAUAUUGCACAGAAACGACUUGGCAUAUGGAGCACCUCUCAACCUAAUGGACUUGUCGUCCCAGAUGCGAGCUUACACCCAGUUAAAUCAACAUCAGAUGUUUUAGACUUGAUGGAAAUUGGACAGGCAAAUAGAGCUGUUGGUUCAACAGCUCUUAAUGAAAGGAGCAGUCGGUCUCAUAGUAUUCUGACUGUACAUGUUCGAGGGUUGGAUGUGAAGAAUGGAUCCACUUCUAGAGGAUGCCUACAUCUUAUUGAUCUUGCAGGGAGUGAAAGGGUUGAGCGGUCUGAAGCAACUGGAGAUAGAUUGAAAGAGGCUCAACACAUUAAUAAAUCACUGUCUGCUUUGGGUGAUGUGAUUUUUGCUUUGGCGCAAAAGAAUGCUCAUGUGCCAUACAGGAACAGCAAGCUAACACAAGUUCUUCAAAGCUCUUUAGGUGGACAAGCAAAGACACUAAUGUUUGUUCAAAUAAAUCCUGAUGUUGAGUCAUAUUCAGAGACUAUAAGCACUCUAAAGUUUGCUGAAAGGGUUUCUGGAGUUGAGUUAGGUGCUGCAAGAAGUAAUAAAGAGGGAAAGGAUAUAAAAGAGCUGCUGGAACAGGUUGCAUCUUUGAAAGACACUAUUGUACGAAAAGAUACGGAAAUUGAGCAGCUCCAACUCAUGAAAGACAAAGUCAAAUCGCCAAGUUUUGCAGUCGAUAUAAAUGGUGCUAGCAUGCCAAAAAAUUCUAACUCUGACCUAAGAUCAGUAUUGUCAAUCACAACAAACCAACAGAGCCAACUAUCAGAUCCUCAGAGUUAUGCUGAGGUGAACAGAGAUGGUGGACCUACUUCAUACACUGACAUUACACCAACAUGCUUGGAUGAAGCAGAUUUUGAGGACAAUGCAUCAGAAGAUGGUUUCUCUGGAGGAACCGACUAUUCUGUUGGCUGUGCUGCCGGUGCCAGCGUUUUCCCAAAUUCCUGCUCAGAUAGAACCGCAGAUACCUCCAUUAGGAGAAUUUCAUCACGAAUAGCUCGAUUCAGUCUCACAAAGAAUGGACAACCAGCAACAUCCAGACCAAAACCAAAGGAUACUGCUCCGAAGACUCCAAAUCAAACGAGAGUUCAAUCGAGCCAAUUGAUAGGAGGCUCUUCACUGAGGGCAUCUAAAAGGUGGCAGAAGUAGAGCACGCUCCGGUUGCUCAGUUGUAUUUUGUAUGUCCAGAAUGUGAAAAUAGGCGAAGUAGCUGUAGGAGACAAUGUACUUGUAAGUUGUAACUCUACAGAUGUGAGAGCAUUCUGCUGACGAAGGACGAGCAGCUGAUGACUCAUCCUUUGCUCAUACAGAUCAAAUAUCCAGGAAAGGAUUCCCUUUUCUGUUCUCCAUGUUUCCCCUGUACUUCAAUUUUUGUCAUGGUUACUGCAUCUCUGGAAUCAAACGUUUCCAAUUUUGGAAGAAA